AUGUGCUUGUCCUGCUUCGUCAUAAAUCCAAAAACGAGUACUCACCAGUACAAGUUUAUCCUCGGAUUCAACAGAGAUGAGUUCUACGCGCGCGAGAAUGCUCCUUUAGAAUGGCACGAUUCUCUUUUGGGCGGGUGGGACAUGGCACCGGGAAGAGAGUACGGUAGCUGGCUCACCAUGAGCCGCACAGGAAGAGUCGGAAUCCUGACGAACGUGUUAGUCCCUCGACCUGACCCAAACGGACUGGCGAGAGGCAAACUUGUCACCGACUUUGCUUCCUCGUCCUUCUCCCCGGAAGACUACUUCCGCAGUUUACCACUGGACCAGUUCAAUGAAUUUAAUUUGUCAGCAAUUGACCUGCUUACCAAACAUGGCGCGUGGAUAUCCAGCAAAGACAGCAGAAAAACGAUUUUGUCCGAAGACAAGAGAUAUGUGAUGAGCAAUGCUCGGCAGCUAAACUCGAAAUGGCUGAAAGCUCAGAAGAUCAAGACUAAAUUCGACGCCGUCGAUCUCGAUCGUCCAAAAGACGAAAUAAUCGAUGAAAUGCUGACGCUUCUUCAAGAUAGCGAGUCCUGCGGACAAUGCCCACUCAUCACGGAACAGUCCGAAGGCUUCGUUGAAAAAGCGAUCGGUAUGGAGCGAUACAACUCCAUCAAAAUUACGGGAGAUGAGCGAUACGGUACGCGGACACACUCGGUAAUAAUCGUGGAUAAAAAGAACCAGUGUACCUUCGUUGAACUCGAUCGCAAGGCAAAUGGACAGUGGCAUCGUCGAUGCGAAGAAUUCGAGCUUGAAUCUACACUUCGUUGA